AUGCUCCAAGCGUAUGUCGCCAACAAUGCGACUGCAUUGAGCGCCUUCGUGAACGCUGAGAUGGCACAAGUCAAUGUUGCAUGGAUGUUGAUGUGCGGGUUCUUCGUCGUCGCGAUGCUCGUUGGCUACGUUGUCUUGGAGGCAGGCACCGUCAGGACAGGGCAGAUGGACUUCGUCUUUACCAAGAACUUCACCAUCGUGUGCUUCACCUUCUUCUGCUACUGGAUCAUAGGGCACGCGCUCGCCUUCGGUAAAGAUGAGGGAGGAUUCUUCGGUACUACCGACUUUGCCGACUCGGACAUGUACUACUACAGCGCCAAGAUCACUGGUGCCCACCGCUGGUUCUUCCAGAGCUCCUUCUCGGCGAUCGCCGCCGUCCUUCUCUUCACCUCGUUGCAGGAGCGAGUCGACUUGGCCUCCACCCUCGCCUACACCUUCUUCUUCAGCAGCUGGGUUUGGCCCGUCAUCGCCCACUGGAUCUGGGGACAGGGUUGGCUGUCGGCAUGGGGGGCAUACCCCAACAGCAACGGAGUGCCUCGCCCGAUCUUCAAGUACAGCGAGUCCUCCAACGGCUUCAUCGACCAUGCGGGCUCAGCUGUGGUCCACCUGGCCAGCGGCUUCUCGGGGCUGGUCGGUGUGGUCGUGCUGGGGCCGAGGAAGAGACGCAGCACUAGGGAGGCGAACCCUGUGAUACUCGCGCUGGGAACCCUCCUGGUCUGGUUCGGGAGCUUCGGAUCGUACGCAGGGUGGACGGUCUUCAUCUCGGAGGGAAGGUCCAACGCAGCAGGCAAGGUCGUAAUGAACACUGCCAUCUGCUGCAGCUCUUCAGUGAUCUUCUCGACGCUCAUCACCUACAUCUUCGAUAGAAAGCUCAACUACAUGUCAAUAAUCAACGGAGUUCUCAUCGGCCUCGUCGCUAUCAGUGGAGCUUGCUCGGUCGUCAAGCCCUGGUCUGCCCCUCCUCUGCUCUGCUCUUCUCCUCCUCUCCUUGCCUUCCCCUCCCCCCUUGGUAAUUUUUGUCAGGGAUUCCUAACGCUGAGCAGGAUGGCAUUCUUGAUCGGUCUCGGAGCUGCCGUCUUCCUCUUCGCAGGGCACACGAUGCUCGAGGUUCUCAGUCUCGACGACCCGCGAGAGGCCUGCAUCGUCCAUGGCUUCGGCGGGCUGUGGGGCUCGUGGUCAACUGGAAUCUUCUGCACGGACAGCAACGUCAGGUACGCGGGGUACCCCAACGUGAACACGGCGUGCAGGUCAGGAGAGCAGUUCGGAGUUCAGGUCGUUGGGACCCUUGUGGUCAUCCUGUGGGCCUCGGCCUUUGCCGGCAUCUUCUUCUUCGUCAUACGGAUGUCCGAGAUCCGAGGCUCAAAACCUUCUUCGAGCCGACCUCCUUCGACCCAGCCUUCCUCGAGCCCUCAGGCCGAGACGAGAGCAGGCCCUUACUUCUAG